CUACAACUAAUCCGCACGUCCCAGUCCCUCUCCCUCCCACGCCCCACCAAAUCUUUCCCACGCCGCCGCUCCUCCCAGUCCGCGUCCUCCUCUGCCUCUCCGCACAUCUCGCCGCUCCGCGCCUCCUCCUCCUCCCUCCGCUCGCGGUCGCCUCUCCCGAUAGAUCUGGUGCCAGGGUUCGUGACGCUAGCGGACGGGGGAGGGGGGUGGUUGGGGGAUGGGGAAUCCGCGUGGCGGAGGAAGCCAUGGCGCCGGCGCAGAUCGACGUGAGGAUGGACGUCGCGCUGCUCCACUGGCAUGCCUCUUCCCCCUCAAGCCCCCGUGUUCAGGGACUUCGGCUGGGACCUACCACGGCGUGGCGGAGCACAAGCGCGUGUGCCCGUGGAUACCCUGCUCGUGCCCGCAGCCGGACUGCGCCUUCCUCGGCCCCCCGGCAGCGCUCCUGCAGUGCAAGCCCCUCAUCGAGCUCGAGGAGCAUGACGACUAUGGCAAUUGGCGCCAAAUCCCGGCUUUCACUGGAACAUGUGUGAAGAAAUGCCUGUCACCUAGUACUUCGAGCCGGUGGCCACCUUCUUCUUCACCCAGAAGAAGGAUAAUGAGAUGUUGAAGCGGCAUAGUGAAUCCAUGAGACUGUAGUGCAAUUACACCGUUCCAUUGAAUAUUACUCAGGAAUAAGGACAUUUCAAUGGCAGAAUUUUCCCUUUCCAUUUUUCUUACUAUUGGAGUGAGAAUAGGUAGAAUGAGAAAUUGUGGGAUAUUAGAUAUGGCAACUGUUUGAUAGUAGAAUCAGGAAUAAGGACAUUUCCAUCACUAUUGUGUUUUCUUGUAAUUGUAAGAAUAAAAUGAUUGUAUGCAUAGAAUGGAAUUGGUCGAUUUUUUUUAAA